AUGGCAGAGGUGAAUGCCCAGCGGCCACCCGCACCCGCACCCGCACCCGCACCCGCACCCGCACCCGCACCCUCGCCCGCCCCACCAGCCGGCCUGCAGCGCCAGCCCUCGUUCUCCUCCUUCCCGCCCUCGCGCUCGCCUUCGAGCUCGGUGCGCAACGAUCCCCGCAAGGCGCGCUCCCCACACCCGCCCAUGCUCCCCGAGCGCGACGACAUAGACGAAGCUGCCUCCUCGUCGCGAACCUCGGCCCACUCCCACAAGCUCGGCCCCGCCAUGGCCAGACUGCGCUCGCAGUAUCCCGCCGACGCCGUCGAGCGCCAUGUCGAGUACAUCCUCGUCGCCUCCUUCGACAUUGACCGCGGCUCCGUCAUGGAGAACCAGUACCCCGCCGCCAUCAGUGGAGACGAGACCACCCUGGCCGAGCUCAUGCUGCCCGACCAAGUCCACUCACGCGCCCAGGACUGGACCAUCUUCUUCCUCCACAAGGACACCACCACCGAAGAGGAGGAGAAGGAGGCUCGGAGAGAGCGCAGACGCAAGCGCAGGAGGCGGAAACAGGGCCAGCACGCCGACCAAGCUGAUGGAGACGACGAGCACCAUGCAUACGACAAUACAGACGGCAGCGACGACACAGACGGCAGCGACGAGGAGCACGACGCUGACGGCCCCCCGCUCGUCUAUGUCCUGAACCUGGUCAACACCAAGCAAGACAACACCGUCAAGCGAGGCGCCGUUGUCAAAGCCAUGGCCAUUUGCACCCGCCACUCCUUCCUACACAUCUACAAGCCUUUACUCUUGCUGGCUCUCGAAGAGUACUUUCGACACCCCGUCAUCGAGACACUUGCUUCACUCUACAACGCACUCAACGCCAUGGAUCUGUCCUUGAUGCCCAAGCUCUCGUCGCUGGAGAGCUUUGUGCUGCACGCUGGCGAUGCAAAGGACAUGUUCAUUGAAAAGUUCGAACAGAUGAUUCGGCAGCGAAAGGCAGCCGACGCCGAAAGGACCUCCCUAUCCUCGACCGAUUCCCAGCCAAAAAGGAUCGCCUACUCCCUUCCACGAGACACACACGAGUUUGAGUCGAAAAUAUACUACAACGGCAUCCCGGUCCCCGUCAAGAUUCCAUCCGCUUUGAGCCCAGAAAGCGUCGGCGACUACUCUCUCAUCAAGCUGAUCCAGACCUUCUCCACCCCUCACUCGACACAACCCCAGCCCUUCGCGUUACAUCCACAUCUCACGACAAGCGGCGCAUACACCCAUCCCAUCAUCGUCCUGGUCAACGCGUUGUUGACACAAAAGCGCAUCAUCUUCAUCGGCCACAAUCGACCAUCAAGUGAAGUGGCUGAAGCUGUCCUUGCAGCAUGCACCCUGGCAUCAGGCGGCGUUCUGCGCGGCUUCGUUCGUCACGCCUUUCCGUACACCGAUCUCACCAAGGUCGAUGACCUCCUCAAGGUCCCUGGCUUCAUCGCUGGUGUUACCAACCCCACCUUCUCGUUCAAGCCCGAAUGGUGGGACGUGCUAUGUGACCUUCCUACUGGCCGCAUGAAGAUAAGCAAUCGCAUCGAGUCAGCCUCGCCGACAGAGGGAUCACUCUACUUCCAGCAACAUGGCAUUCCAGUCAGUGGCGCAGGCAGUCAAAUGAGCUCUGACAGCAAGGGCGGCGUAGAUUCCACUGGUGAUAAUCAGUUCAUGGAGACUUUGCUACAGAGCAUAGCAAAUCGUCAUGGUGAAACGGCCAUCAGAGCGAAAUGGCGUUCGUGGGUGCUGAAGUUCACUCGUAUCGCCGCCGCCUUCGAAGAGACUGUGUACGGCGCCUCCGCCUUGUACAUCGGCUCGCACGAGACUGAUGCCGGUGCCUAUGGCGUGUCAGGUCAUGGUUACGUCUGGCCAGACGACCAUUCUCGCCUCCGCGAACUCGCCGCCAAUGUACAUCGUCUCGAAGGGUGGCGUAGUACAAGGAGCUAUUACACCUGUGUACAGGACCUCGCGAGGCAAUGGAAAAAAAAGCCAGUGAGAGCUCUUGAUCUUCAUCAUCAGCACGAUAAGCUGCGCUGCCUGAAGCUCUCGCAUGAUCAAUCAGCAGCCAUAUACCUUGCUCUUGCGCGUUGUGUUGAAGAGGCUGGCUCUCCGAACGCAAGUGCAUCAGGAUCUGAAGCCGACCUGCCGUCUGCUGCGCAACACCUCACCUUUGCAAAUGACCCUGAGAGGAGGCCAAGCGAAAAGCUGCAGUAUGAAGCCAUCUUACAGUUGCUGUGCGUGAUUCCAGAGAGCAAUACAGGCCUGUUCUAUCUGAGUCUAGGUCUAUUUCAUCCCAGGCAGGACGUGAGGAUGGGAGUGGUGAAGCUGCUCGAGAGAAUCAUGGAUCAUCCUGCGGGAAGGUACUUCUGGGGCAGUCUAGGGAGAUUUGCUAAGCUGGCUUUCUUCAGGGUGAAGAGGGAGGAAGGUGGGCCACCCAAAUAA